UACCUCAUUUCACAACAUUCACUAGUAUGUUUGUUUGUUCUUUUGCCAACAUUGGUUACUAACAUAGAAACGAAAAGCUGUUGGUCGAAUUGACCUAGGAGUUUACAUAAUAAAUCCAAUUGUAGCCGUAUGAGUGUUGAUUGCGUUUAUAUUCUCGCUAAAGCUUCGUGUAGUGGUUGGAUGAAUCAACGAGAAAGGUAACGUGAAUUAAGUCACCUUUGUUGCGCGUGUUUCACAGCUUGCACUACAACAGCAGUAACUUAAGCUGCAAAGUCUAUGGCGAAUGGAGAAAAACAUCACAAGAAACGGCUACGUAUAUGUGCAGGGUUACUGUUUGCCAAAAGUGGCUAGGAAAAAGUGCACUAUCUCCAAAUGUGAGUAAUAUGCAACUAAAAAGCGAGCAAGAAAGUUGAUCACCGCUACGUGUAGCAUUACGUUUUAGCGAGGAAUGAGUAUCAUUCGGUGAUCUACUUCUACGUGUUUUUUUUGCGAGUGCUGCCGCGGCGACAAAGCGAAAAAGUAUUGUGCAUAAAUCUUUAGUGAUUCACAGUAAAGAGGAAAAUUUAAGUGGUUGAAGAAGCCAAGCAGAAGACCGUAAAGGUCAUUGAGCGUAAAUAUUUUUAUACGCUUUGUGGGUACAGUGUCGUGCGAAAUUUAGCGAAACCCAGAGACGGCGCCAUAUCUCAAGACGAGAUCCGAUUCCUCGUCGGAUCGGAGCACACAGCCAAGAGCGACGACGACGACGAUUGUUGAGUGGAAGAAUUCGGUUGUUGCGCUGUAAUGGUAAAACAACUAUGACAUGGGAUCCUGUUCGAGACGACAUUUUUUGUUGUCAAUAUGCUUUUUGCAAUUGUUAUUCAUCAUCGAACGCCAGGUGUUUGACUUCCUUGGGUACAUGUGGGCCCCGAUACUGGCGAACUUCUUUCAUAUAAUAUUUGUGAUAUUUGGAUUGUUUGGUGCCUAUCAAUAUCGUCCAAAAUACUUAGUAACGUACUCACUAUGGAAUCUUUUAUGGAUAGGAUGGAAUGCGUUCUUAAUAUGCUUCUAUUUAAAUGCAGGAGUUUUAGAUAGGGAUAGUGACUUAUUAAAUUUAGGAACCGGGAGUGUGUCAUGGUUCGAGGUGAACGGCUAUGGUUGCAAGCCGACCUAUCCAAUGAAUAUCACCUCCGAAGACCCGUACCGGCCGGUGAGGCCCGAACGAGUGGAUGGCUGUUUACUGGAUUACCACAUAGUGGAAAUUGUUCAAUCCAGCUUGCAAUGUGCGCUGGCGCUACUUGGUUUCUUUGGAGCCGUCUGUUUGGGACACACAUAUCUGGACGAAGACGAUAGCUUCGACUUUAUGGGUGGCGAUGCUAAAAGUCCCCAGCAUACGGCAGUGCAUCCAAUGUACGUGAGCUAUACUAGUUUACCUACCACGAACAGUGCCACUUCAACGCAGCUGAAGCAAGCCUCCGCUGCCAAUGCUGCUGCUAAAUCUCCUGCCCAAACAGCCAUCAUCAACAGCACGGUCAUCAGCGCCAACAAACAUAACAAUAGCGGUAACCAUUGCCUCAAUAACACUAGCGCUAAGCUCGGUGUUGUACUCAUGUCGAUUAAUGGCCACGGUAACAGGAAUGCAAAUUCAUCCUCAAACACUAACACUCUGUUGUCGUCAUCCUCGUCACCGUCAUCGACUUUCACCAAUUGCAACGGAAACGGUAGUAGUAGCAUCAGCGGCAGUGGCUGCAAUCCACCAGUCGGUGGCUUAACAACACACGAAGCACACAUACCCCUUCACCAGCAACCAAUGCCGCACCUACGUCCGCUCAGUCGAAAUUCUAGCUUUAGCAAGACACGAAGCGGUCAAAUACGUAAAAAUAGCAGUAGUGCCAGUAUUCGCUACACUGACGUAAUUCAACAGCAACAACAACAACAUCAACAACAGCACCAGCAGCAGGAGGACGAACAAAAGAUAAUCCCCAACGACGAUGACACCUUCUUCAUUCCAAAAAGUUCAUCCUGUCGAAAUAACUUCGGCAUUAGCAAUCCUUUCAACAAUGUCUCCAGUCGGUACUAUCGCGACGGCGAUGGUGAUUCACGAGCUGACGAUGACGACAAUACUCGUCUAAUUACCGGUUCCUUACAGCAGCUGUCCCUUUCGACUCCGCUGAAGCGGAAUCCUUCGAUCACAUCGAACGGCGGUACAGUCAGCGGUGGAACGGGCAACGACAUCAACACAACAACGACUCCCAAUAGUGAGAAAAACUCAAUAGCAUUCGAUCGAAAUUUUCCCCACGGGACGCGUCCCGAUGCCAGCACUAACCAGCAUAGAAUAGGGUACAAAGCGUUUCAGUCAGUACAACCAGCUCCGCCACCAGUGCCACCCUUGCCUCAGCUGCACCUUCAGCACCAUCAAUUCGAUAGCACCGAAAAUUAUCGAAUGCCUUAUCAGUACAUAACGCGAUCCCCGAACUUGAAUCGCAUUGCCAGACGAAAUAACUCUAAUCUAGUAAACAACAAUAAUAGCAGCGGCUCAUCAUCGCGUGUCAUGAGUCCCAAAUAUUGUGACCAAAUCCGCGAGCUGGGUGGACCGCCUAGCUAUCAUGGGCACGAGAACAACAACUACCCUGCGCCUCCAUCAGCCGUUUCGCCCAUCAACGGUGCUGCUGGUGCUGGCUACCCGGCAAUGGUCAUGCAUCGUGCAAAGUCACAGGAUCGGCUUUCGCAUCGCAGCAGGAGGCACCAUGGCGGAGGAGCACGUGGCCAGCACGGUGCCCAGCAACAGCAGCGGCCUCGCUCGUUCUGCAGCAACAACGGAAUCUAUCCGGACUAUGUGAUUAUGGAACAUCCUGACAGUUAGAAAGCCCAGCGGCAAAACCACAACACACAACACACUGAAAGAAUGAUUCCAUCUGAUUCGUCUGAUUUUUGUCUGUCUACAUUUCUUCGCGACUGCUCGCCUUUUGAUGUUUGUCGCCCCGAUAGGGAUGUGAAAUAGUGACGGGUGCCUGUCUGUCUACCAUAAUCGUCUACCAUCUACGUCAGUGAACAGCGCGCACGCACGAAUGCAAACAGAAGUUUAAUCAUUAAAUUGGUUUCGAUUUGAAUUGCAAUUGCUGCUGUACGACAGAAUUUAUCAUCUACAAUGUGAUAGAACAAAGGGCAAUUUAUGUUGAUGUCAUUUUCUGCUCGCAGCUGGGAGCCAAUGUCGUCAUGUGCAUCGUAUGUGAUGGAUCCAAGCUUGUCGAGUCAAUUUUUUCCAGAAUCCUAACGAUGUCGGGUUUAAACCGAAGGAAGUUGUUUGGUUAUGGUAUUGGUUUGUAUGCUGAUGCAUAGUUGAAAUGAUUUUUUUGCAUAAUAUUUAAUGAAUGAAGCAUUAUUUCGGUUUACUUUUAUUACCAUCUAAUAAUGAAAAUUCAAGACAUCGUUGCCGUAAUAACCUGUGAACCAUUAAUGAAAUUAUUCUUAAUAGUGACUAUAACUAUUAGCUUCUAAAUUCGUUAAAAUUUAGAGUUAUAGAAAAGAGGAAAUGUGAUGUCAUCUAAACUCUUCAAGCAUCAUUAUUUGUAAUUGUGAGACAUGACCAACUCAGGGUUGUUUCUUAUAAGAUUACCUUCUUAGAAUUUUAGAACAUUUAUCGUGCACGUUAUAUGCACCAUCAGCGAACACAGUUUACUUAGGUAGUUGGUUUCUAGUUAUUUUACAACUAAUGUGCAAUCGUUUCCGUUUAUGACAAGGUAAAUUAAGCUGUUAACUAUGUAUUAUCUAUCUCAGUUGCAAAUUGCCCGAGAUGUACACGGAAGUAAUUUCAUGAAGCCCACUACGGGUGCUGUUUAUGACACGGUGAUUAUUUAAAGAUUGUUUAAAGCUCCAUUCAUGCCACACCAAUACGUUUCUGAAUUCUGUGCAACAAAUACUAAACAACUGCGAUUCGUUUGUUCGCGUUCGAUAAUUAGAAAUUAAAUAAAUAAAACAACAAUAAAAUAAUUGGAAUGAAAGUCUAGAUUUCUUUCAACUCUUUUGUUCAUGGCUGUUGGAUUGGAAUUAGCGUCUGAGCAGACUAUUAAAUGAGCUUUCAUUUAUGUUAUUUUACCGACUUUCUGUCCAUCGAUUUUUGACGUAGGCUAUAGAGGUCGGAAAAUUGAAAGCCUAUAGCCUUUUUUUCUAUAGCCUUUCUGGGUAAUUUUAAUGUUAAUUUUAUGACGAUCCGACCAGAGAAAAUAUGGGUAGGGGGCAGGCUUGGCGUACACUUUUCGCUUUGAUUUUGCUCUUUUGAUAACUGCAUCUCAGCCAAGCAAAAUUUGAAAAAGUGAUGUAAGGGGCGUUUGUAGAAUUUGUUAUUAUCUACAAUAUUCCUGAAGUAAGCAUUACUGUGCAUGCUGUAUUUGUGGCGCUAUAAGGCUGCUACCCUCUUGGUAGCAAAAAGAGCGCUCUUUUUGCUGCCCUACAGCGCCGUAAAUACUAAAGAUAAAACUUCAUUUUCUUCAGCAAUAUUAUAGAUAAUUACUAGCUCUACAAAUGCUCCAUACACCACCUUUUCAAAUUCUGCUUGGCUGAGGAGCAGUAAUCAAAAGAGCAAAAUCAAAGCGAAAAGUGUAUGCCAAGCCUGGUAGGGGGAAGUCCCCCAGUACCGGACACCAAAGUAUUUUGACAUAUAUAAACUCAACACUUACCAUUACUUCAGUUUUUAUUAACUGGAAGAGUAAUUUAGAAAACUAAUUUCCAAUAAAAAUAGGUUACACGUACUUGCGUCACUAAUGAACCAUUUUAGAAGCCAAAUGAGAAAUCGAUAUAAAACGUUACUUAAAAAUUGUGUCUCCCAGUACCGGACACCUAAUGGAAAUCAUAAAAUAAACCAAUUCAAAGAUUAUAUUUGUGAAAAAUACAUUGCAAACUGUUUAAAAUCUCUUAUUGCUUGCAUGCUUGUUGAUUCUUGUUGAAAAAUCAAGUUUUUACGCUCUUCAUCGAAUCCCUUCUGUUUUCUUCGAACAAUUGAUCAUCAACUGGUUUCCUUGUUUGUUUCAUAUUCAAGAUAACCGGUUUGGUAUAAGUGAUGUUUUAUUUCUUUUUGCAAAAUCUUGACUUCAUUCAAGAAUUUGACUGAACCAAGCAAACCAUUUUGCUGUCCGGUAUUGGGGGACGGCUCGGUGUCCGGCACUGGGUGACGGGAAUCACUGAAUUCAAUUUAUAUUUUUAACGAAUUGAAUAACUUUAUGGAAAAAUUAACUAUGGAUGAGCUUGGAAAAUUGGAAAAGCAACAAUGAAAGAUAUUUUAUACACGAAAAACGAAAUUUUAUGCGACCGAAUAAUACUGUAAUGCUGAUCUGAAAAUUAGCCGAAACAUAACAAUUCGAUCGGCGGUAGCUAAAAACAAACAAAUCUCUGUUUUCAUGAAUGAUUCUGACCUACAAAAACACACAUUUUAAUUUUUUGUCCUUUUUAUUGAUUUUAUCAUAUCAGCUACUAAGGUGCACCAUUUAAAUUAUGAAAGUCAGAACCCAAGUAGCACACUAUAGGUCCGUUUAGUUGAAGCAACUGGAUUACGACUGAAAUUGGUCAUAAUUCGGUUACCACAACUACUUUGUAACAACCGUGCUAGUAGGGAAGUGCCCGGUAUUGGAAGCUGUCCGGUGCUGGGGGACUUCCCCCUACUACAGCCUAAUAUUUCAGUAACUCGCGGUACAAAUCAGAUAUAAAGAGACACCGCUCCUAGAAAAUUAUAUUUUUCAUUUUAUGUAUACCUUUUUAUAUAUAUCUACUUAAACACCGUAAGUGCUUUGUUUGCAAAGCUCAAAGGUUAAAAAACUCUUUAAAAAUUUGUUCCAAUGCGUUUAAAUUCUAAAAACUUAUACUCUUUUUUACUUCCAAAAUAACAACAUCAUAUAAAUAAAUUUGAAGAAAUAGCAACUCUGAAUUACUUAGCUGCGAUUGAAAUGUUUGUCCACUAGAAAUCGGCACGUGAAAUUUUCGUGAAAAUAGAUAAUUCGCAUCCCCUGUAAAACGCAUGUGAGUUCUAAGUAGUUUACUGGUUUACGAACUGCGCGUACUGCGAACUGGCUUGCGUGCAUGCCAGCAUAAUUUGAUCAGCUAGAAAAUGGAGUCUAACAACAAGAAAAUGAAAUCAUUACUUAUUUUUUCGCGUUAAAACAUAGAACGUAUAGAAUAUUACAUGGUUGAACCUAACCUCACUAUUUUGACGUGCGGCAAUUGUUUGUUUACUACGACUUAGAAUGAAAACUCGAGCUAUCAAUGUGAAUAUUGUUAACAACGGUGUGCGGGAAAGUACAAAAACUGCUGUUCACCGGUAAUUUGAAGGAUGAACACCGCUGGAAAAUAUCCCCCGCUAAUUGGAUAUCCAUUAAUCCGACGAUCCGAUAAUUCGGAUCUCGCUAAUCCGGAAAUAACCGAAUUAAAAAGGAUUUCACAUCUUCUUUCAAUCAAAUACUGCAUUCGUUGGGCGUCUUCGUUGGAGUCAAGAUGGCACUCCUUCUAAUAGAAAGACGUCCGAAAGCAACAGUAGAACAAAUGAUAAGUUUAUUGACUAACUGAAUUCAUGAAUUACUAGGAUCUUUCCCACUCUACCAUAAAUUUUCUUAACUCCUAAUAGCCGUCUUGCUUCUUGUAGUUUCGGGUAGAGGAUAGUUUGGCAGCUAUUCAGUGUGCCUCUUCUAAAUUGUUGCCAAAGGAACCUACACCACUGAGGGCAUACAUCUGGCCUGGUCCCUUAUAUGAGCUUUCUCGGCUUUCGAGGUCGCGGGGUCAAAUAGUGUUGGCACGGCGCUACAGUCGGUCAUACCGAACUGCCGCAAGCAUUUCAUUCACGUAAAUCUUCUGGUCCAGCGUAAUCUUCCCUAUCAUGCGAGUCCCACGGAUACUGGUCCGUGAGCUCAAAUGUUCCGUUGCCCUCCAAGGAUUUGAUUUCUGCCAGCAUGGUCUCUCGACAAAUGUCGCUGUUUCGGUAUGUCGCAUAUCGUUUGCAUCUAAGAGGCUAAGACAUUGAAGUCUUUUGAAAGGUGGCACCGAAACUCAUUUUAAAAUCAAGGUACUUGCCUGAAAUCCGGCAUUCCCGUCCACUGCGCCUUGUAGUUUCGAACUAGUAUUCUGGUUGUGGAGGAAGAGCAGAUGCUGAUACUGCUGUUGCAGGUUUGCACACGUUAUCCUCCAGAUGUUUCUCAGGCUUAGAACGAAUUUCAGUAUGGUCUUCCGCCAGAUUGGAAUGUAGUUCGUUAGCAACAUCAUAUUCUGCUACAGGAAACUCCAUCACAUCUUGGUCAAUAGUUUCUCUUGUCUCUCUUGUCUUGUGCUCGCUCAGGAACACGCCGUUCCGGCUUACGAAAACUUUCUACGUUGUGGGUUGUAGACAAGGUAUCCCUUGGUUCCUGCUGCAUAUCCAACGAAUACUCCUGCCUCGGACUUGAAAUCCCAUUUCUUCCUUCCCACGGUGCCACUAGAGGACGUGCAAUUAGCGCAUGAGUACUUUAUAUUCGAACAUUCAAAGUUUGACAGAUCGACACUUAAUGCUAGACGAUUUAAAACUGCUUCUCAAAGUGAAAACUUUUAGAUGAAUCGGGUUGAAUUCUCGGUUAAUUUUUAAAUAAUAACCUUGAAUAGUAACCUCCAAUUCAAUACUUAACACAUGGAUCAUGAUCGGUCGUUAAGCCCCCGGAGCCAUAAAAUAAGUUAAUCACUUUCGAAAGUGAAAACUCAUUAAGCUUUGAGCUCUCCAAUUGCGGGUAUAAUUCCACAAGCAGAUCUUUCUAUCAGUUUUAACAUUAUUUCAUUAACUCGUAGAUUGGUACUGUGGACUUCAUAAAACAGCGGUUUUAUUUUUCACAAUGAAGCAAUGCAAUGUGCUAGACCUCGUUGAUCGUCCGGCCUUUUGAUGGAAGAAAAACUGUACGUUUCCCAAAAUACAGAGGCCCAGGUCAUGACCUUAUCUGCUGUCUUUUUUGCUUCCUCUCCCACUGAGGCUCUCCUCGAGUCUGGAGUAUCCAUGUUCCAUCCAUGGAUAUGUACUGAUUCAAAAAGCUUCUUUUUUAUUAUGUGUAAUAAUAGCUAUAUUAAAUCAAAGCUAACCAAAUAGUAUAGAGAAUCAAAUAGCCUAUUAGUGCUCUCGGCUUCAUCUCACUGACGCGAAUCAUAACAAUGAUGCAGCAGCAUAAAAAGGAUUUUUUGUUAUACCAUAAUUUAUUGUGAGCCAUCGAACAAUUGAACAACGUUACGGCUAUACCCCCCCCCCCCUCCCCACCCCCCUUCCUCAACGCAAUCCUCUGCCUGUAAUGGCAAUCAAAAAAUAAUUAUUUCUUCCAAGUAUACAUGUUCUACUGAAUGGAAAUUCAACAAAAUUUAAUUUCAUUCAUAGGGAAAGUCUUAUUUUAUUGAUCCGUAUCCAAUGGUGGCGAAUAAAACAAUAUUGUUGAUUUGAAAGCCUUCUGUACCAGUACCAGUAUACUGCAUGUGAGUGAGAGUUAUGGCGCAGUAUGGCUAUUAAACCACGAAAUGGAAUCGGAAAAUAUUGGCAUGGCGCCUGUCGUACUAAUUUGCGGUAUUCGUGCUGGAAACGAUAUUCAAUCGGGCUGCGCGAUAUUGGAAAGUUACCCUUGCCCUUGCUGCUCUUCUACUGCUGCUUUCUUGUAAAGAGACAGGUGAAGCGUGCAACAACGAUGCAGGGUAUUAUAUUGUUUUGAAAAGAUUAAUUGUCCGGAUUUUUGAGUUCCUAAGGCUACUAAUCCACGCGUCUCUUACACGAAGAACUCUAUUAUGGUAUGCAAGCUCUAGCGGCAGCGACGACAUCUGUUUGUAGCUCCCAUCCCCGCAGGCCUAGCAGGGCUGAAGGUGACAUUUUAUUGAAAGGAAGGUGAACCAAAGGUUCCGUUUUCCCGUCGCAUCGUCCGCUCUGCAUGGGGAUCAAUUAAUAUUUGACAACAGACUCGUAACAAAAUCACUUUUGCGGCUUCUGUCGGGGCGCGUCCCUUAGAGGCUCAAGUUUGGCUUCUAUCUAGUGUGAUAAAUUCGAUUUCCGAUCCGAACCCAUGUAAUCUACAUGUUGAGAUUGAAAACCCGUCACUAUUUCACAUUCGACAUCGGUUGAUACAAACGAAAAGAGAAAAAAACAUUCACUAUUUUGUACUGUGCAACGUUCCUUACAAGACAAAUGCUUCUGUAAAAAGUUAUAUUAAGUUAUAAUAAGACAUUUGAAUAAAGAUUAUUGAAUGAAUGACAACCUCGAUUAGUAAAUCUAACCCAGUAGCAAAAUUUGAUCCUGUACUAUGUACGUUGUAGUUAAUAUAUCAUUUUUUACUAUGUAGAAUCCACUGUUAUCAAGUUAGAAGAACCUAAAGCAAGUAGUUUAAAACUUUUGAUUAGUAGUGAUAUAGAAAACUGUUUCGUUUGUUGGGCUGCCACAGAGCAGUCAGUAGGAACAUUCGUUGAGUAUAUACGAUUUCAAACCAAAGUGUAACUAGAAAAAGUUUACAAAGUAAAAACGAAUAGCGUUUAUCACUAAUAUGCUUUCCACAAAUUGCCGUACAAAAAUUAAACAAAAUAAAACCGAAAUAGAAUGCAAAACAUAGGUACAUAACUUAAAGGUGGAUUCACCGCGCAUAAAAAACUGCCUCUUGUGCAACCGACUACUGAUAUGUAGGUAUAGCUGAGCUAGACUAGGCAAUGAGCUAGACUGUAACUUGAUUACGCAUUUCGAUGUAUCAUUUCAAACCGCCGUUCGCUUAGGAUGAGUUGCUACUCGUUCCUGGACAUAAAAAAAAGUGAUUGAUUCUUUGUUAGGUACAUAAUUUUGUUCGAUCUAGGUUAGGUUAGUUUUACAUGCGAAAUAAGACGAAACUAGAGUGAAGCAACAGCAAUAAGAAUACAAUCAAACUGGAAAAUGAAAAAAAUAAAGCAAACGUUUUUUAUUCGUUUUUCUUUUUAUAUCAAAAGACCUAAAUUUGUUUCAUUUCAUCCACGUGUUCGAAUCAAAUUUGUCGUCAUUCAUAGGUUUUCGUUUCCAUAUAUCCGUGUUGUGACAAUACUGUAAUCCGAAA